CCUUAUCUGCCACAUAAAAAACGUUUCUCUUCAAAAUGCCCAUUCGGUGAUAAAAAUAAAUAAAUAAAUAAAAAUAAAAAGCCUGCAACUUACUUCAAAGCCAAGCCAGAGAACUUUUUUUUUGUGUUAUCUUGCUCUCUAUCUCUCUCUCUCCUCUUUCUUCCCUCUAUUCGAUAAAAACCCUCUGUUGAAAAAGGUUCGGACUUUGAUCGAAUCUGAGUUUCGAUUCCCAAAAUGGCAUCUGGAUCGUCGGGUCGGGCCAACUCGGGCUCGAAGGGUUUCGAUUUCGGUUCUGAUGACAUUCUUUGCUCUUAUGAAGAUUACGGCAAUCAGGACUCUUCCAAUGGAAGUCAUUCGGAUCCUGUAAUCGGUACUAAUUCCAGCAAGGAUUUUCACAAAAGUAGAAUAGCAAGGUCAUCUAUGUUCCCUGCCACUUCUUACGGCCAGCCAGAAGAUUCUUUCAACCAAGAUAUCAUCGCUGUUUUUGAGAAAAGCAUGAAAAAACAUACUGAUAACCUUAUGCGCUUUCUUGAGGGGAUCAGCUCACGGAUGUCCCAAUUGGAAUUGUAUUGCUACAACCUCGACAAAUCAAUUGGAGAAAUGCGAUCUGAUUUAAUUCGUGACCAUGGAGAGGCAGAUUCAAAGCUUAAAUCUAUUGAGAAACAUCUUCAAGAAGUGCACAGGUCUGUUCAGAUCCUAAGAGACAAACAAGAACUUGCUGAGACUCAGAAAGAAUUAGCUAAGCUUCAUCUUGUGCAGAAGGAGUCCUCUUCACCAAGCCAUUCCCAAUCUGAGGAAAAAGCUUCACCACCUGCAUCUGAACCCAAGAAAACUGACAACACACCUGAAAUACAUAACCAACAGUUGGCCCUUGCUUUGCCCCACCAGGUGGUGCCGCAACAACAGACUGCCCCUGUGCCCCCACCAGCCCAAGCACCACCUCAGAGUGUGGCCCAACAGCAAUCUUAUUAUUUGGCUCCAGCCCAGACCCAACACCCUCAGAGCCAAUAUCUGUCUUCUGAUCCUCAAUAUCGAGCACCCCAAAUGCAAGACAUCUCUAGGGUUGCUCCACAGCCAACGCAGACACAAAUAAGUCAAACAACACCAGGCCAACAAUUUCCUCAGUAUCAGCAGCAGUGGGCCCAACAGUUACCACCACAGGUACAAGCAACACAACAGGCCUCCAUGCAGCCUCAGAUAAGGCCCUCAUUGCCAUCAGUUUAUCCUACCUAUCCACCCCCAGGCCAACCAACAAAUUCAUCGCCACCGGAGACGCUGCCAAACAGCAUGCCUUUGCAAGUGUCAUAUGCAGCAGUUCCACAACCCUUAUCUAGUCGUGUUGAUGCCAUGCCCUAUGGAUAUGGGGCUGGUAGAACUGUUCCUCAACAAACUCCACCUCAGCAAAUCAAGGGCACUUAUGGAGCACAACCUGGUGAUGGGUAUGCAACUGCUGGUCCCCAUUCCACACUUCCCACAGGGAGUGCAUUCAUGAUGUAUGAUAGCGAAGGGGGAAGGACACAUCAUCCGCCUCAACAACCUCACUUUCCACAGGGUGGAUAUCCACCAGCAAAUAUUGGCCUACAAAAUCCUCAGUCAGCUACUGGCACAAACAUGUUGGCUCGAAAUCCAAGCCAUUCACACUUUGUUCGGAACCACCCUUACAGUGAGUUGAUUGAGAAGAUGGUGAGCAUGGGUUUCAGGGGUGAUCUUGUUGUCAGUGUGAUACAAAGGAUGGAGGAGAGCGGUCAGCCUGUGGAUUUCAAUGCUGUGCUUGAUCGGUUGAAUGUACAUUCUUCUGGAGUUUCUCAGAGAGGAUGGUCAGGGUGAGGCAGUGAUUUAGGUUUGAAACCCUCCAUUGUAGUGACAAUGAUGCUUAAGUUUGACUUGAAUUUAAAUAAAGUCUGUUAUGAUGCACUAUCACUUGGAUUAGUUUGUAUAUCGUGUAUCUUUAAGGGUCAUAUUUUGGUAAUUCCUCCUCUGUUGCUUGUGUAAUGGAUUUCUCCCUUGGAUUUUUAGAAGGGGAAAAGUCCAGUUGCAAUAUUAGGCUUUUGAAGGAUCAUGGAUUUGUGUGAAAUUUGAGGCUUGCCAAAUGCCAAGCGUGGCAUCUAUGCCCCUUUGAAUAAAGUUUCCCUUUCAUGGUC